AUGGAUCAGGAACUGGAAAGGUCCCUCGAGUCCGCCAUUGAUGAAUUUGUGCUGAAUUUAAACUUCGAUACCUCCGUCGAGGAUCCAUGGGGCUUUCCGGAUCAUAAGCUGCCCGAAUCACCUAUCAUGAUGUCCCAAGAGCCCCAGGAUAUCCACUCCCAGAGGAUUGUGCAAGGUCCAACCACCUUAUAUCCAUCGAUCCCAGGCGAUCUGUAUGAUCCGCUUCAAGGUCUGGACGGAGCUGGCGGAUGCCAUUCUUUCCCGACUUCUCACAUUGAGGAUUCGACUAACGUCGUGCAAUACGGCUCGUCGGCCGGCUACGAUCAAUAUGGAGCUUUGAGCCCAUCUCCAGAAGCAUAUGGCUUUACCAAUGCUCAGUUCAUGCCGCAGCCGUUUUGUCCAGCAGAUGACUUCAACUUCGCGGACUUCUUUGAUGACUCCGCUUACUUCGAAGGCAUUGGAUUAGAGAAAGGACUCCUAUCUCACGGUCAAUAG